UGAUAUACAUAUUUAGAUGGAACAAUAGGUUUCAGCCGAUCGUAACCUUUCCCCUGAUACCUCACACAGCCUGCUUUAUAUGCAAGAUCACAAUUAUAUAUAAAUGAGGACUAGGGGGGUUACAGGGCACUCCCCAUGGUAUAGAAUGUCACAGUAAGAGAAUCCAGAUGUGCUCAGAUGGCAGGCCUGGUGGGCAUUUCAAACUCAGCCUUUAUUCCACAACAAACUUUGUACUGUAGAUAGGGAGAGGUCGCCAGCCUUUGGCAAACACCAGCAGAUUUCACAAGCAAGAAGUACCUGACUGGGCUCCUCCCACUGCAUUCAGGGGAAACUGAAACUUAAGCUCUUUGCAGGGAAGAACUGGGAACCAGGACUUGUCCCAGCGCCAGUGGGGCUGGGCUUUGCAGUACGUUGCUUCCUGUGCAGCUCGGACAGCUGUUGUCUUGAGGAAGUGCAACCCUGCUGGAGUGCUGGCAGAUCCAGUUGUGGGGAAACACCACCGCUAAAUUCCCAUCAGUGCAGCUGAAGCAGCAGAGGGAAGGAGGGCAGUGGCUCUGCCAUGGAGGCUCCUCAGAGGCACCCAGUGGAGCAGAGUGGUGGCAAAGAAAUGGAAGACGUGGUCUGUAACUUCCUGGAAGCUCAGGAGGGUGUGGAAAAGCUCCGUUGCUCCUACAAGAAAAGGAUCCAGGCUACUCAGAGUGACCUGCAGUCCCUUCAGGAGGAGGUGAUGGAGGACUUCCGGAAGAUGCACAGCUUCCUGUAUGCUGAGGAGCGAUCUGUGAUGGCCAAGAUUGGCCAAGAAGAGAAGCAGGUACUCAGCGGCCUGGAGGCCAGGGUGACGGAGAUCACCAAGAGGGCAGCUUGUGUUCUGGAGCUAAUGGAUUACCUGAGUGAGGUGGAGGACCAUGAUGGGCACCUAAUGGGUAUGGCUGAUAGCCAGGUGGAUCAUCUAAAGUCAGAACUGACCAGGCACCGCAAGGAGCUGAGACACUUUAGGCCCACAGUCCUCUCCAGCCCUUCUCUGACGUACGUGGUUUGCAGAAGGAUGCUGGGGUAUGUGAUGCGGUCUGCACUGGAGUGCCUCACCCUGGACCCUAAGACAGCCCAUUCGCACCUGCAGCUCUCUGAGAACCUGAAAUCGGCAAAACUGGGACCCUGUGCCCAGGCUGUCCUGGAGAGCCCCCAGCGCUUUGAGCCAUGUCUUUAUGUCCUCUGCUCUCAGGAUUUCCACUCAGGCAGGCACUACUGGGAGGUGAGCGUUGGGGGCAAAAGCAACUGGGUGAUUGGGGUAGCCAGCCACUGUGUCAACCGCAAGGCAACGGAAGAUCUUAACCCUGAAAAUGGGUACUGGGCCCUUCGGAAGAUAUCAGGCAACCGUUACUAUGCCCUGUCCUCACCCCCAGCCCUCCUGACCCUGGAUUCCAGCCCCACGAAGGUGGGCAUUUGCCUGGACUAUGAGAGCGGCAGGGUUGGGUUUUAUGACGCCGAGUGCAUGGCAGAGAUCUGCACCCUCAGGGGCAACUUCCAGGAGCCGUUGCACCCUUUCUUCUGCCCCGGCCUGGUGCUGACCGAGCAGGACUAUGAGCCUCUCCGGGUGUGCAAUUAGAGCAGGGAGAGGGAGAGCUGGCAAAGAGACCUCUGCCACCCUGGUUCCCUAAGCAAAUGGGGGGUCUGGAUUGGCUGAGAAGUAAACUAUGAAGUGAAGGUAUCAAAUCACUGAAAGGAAAGAGGAGAAAUAAACUAAGUGCAGCUCUGUGACACCUGGGAGUGUUUCAUUUGUGUGGGGUUCGGGGUGUGAGUAGGAUCCCUGCGUCAUCUGCAGUGAUGUCCCAUAGCCCCCUGUCCCCAAUCUCUGUCCUGAUGUGACAAAUGAGCUUGUGGUGGUAUCGCCGACCUGACAGAUUCCAGGAUCCUGAAACAGGCCCCCAAAGAUGAUGAGAUUGGCUUAAAAAGCACGAGAUUUAAAACAAAACAAUUUUGGGCGUUGUUUAAUCUCUCUUCCAGCAGCGUGGCCUUUAGGGGCCAUGUUUAGCUGCUCUCCACAGCCACGGGGGCUAGAAACAUACUCUUUUUUUUUUUAACUGAAAGCUGAAAUUCUCGCAGUAUCAGUUGACUCUAGGAGCUGGGGCUUGAAGAAAAACCACCAAAUACUGUAAAAUCGCAACCAAUGGCCAGGCUAAUGUCAUUGCUGGAGGUAGCAAAAUAUUUCCUGGGGCUUGUAUUUAUUAGGGAAAUUCAGAUGGAUGUCCUGAGGUGGACGCACUCACGCCAGUGCAUGUCCCUACCGGAGGGGCUACAAGUGGGUGAAAGUUUGUCAUGGAAAAAAUGGUUCUUG